AUCAAAAUGAUAUCUUAUCGAAUGACGUAUUGAAGCAUCCUGAUGGUGAUAAUUUGUGCAAAAAUUAGCAAAUCAAAUCAGUAAUGGACAUGAAUUCGAAGGGAAUAUAUGUAUCAGUGGAUCAUAAAAGUGCUUCAGUCUUCAAUAUUUGUAAUGCUACAAACAAGGGAUUUUGCUUGAUUAGCAUCAGAAAUUUUAGGAGUUUUACUGAGGAAAUAAGAGGAAAGCUCUGAAUUAGAUGAACGAGGUCCAUAAAAUAGUACUGCUCAUAAUUUGUUACAUGGUAUAGAGAAUAUUCUUCAUCAUGGAUAUUUCUAAUAGGCAACUUGAGGAGUUGAGGCGAUUAUUUUUAUAUAGGUGGUUUUUUUCAAGUUCCUCGUACAACAGAAAAUAUUUACCUAGAGCGGAAGAAGUUGAGAUAAUUCCCAACCAUGGUCCUUUGUAUAAAUUAAUACCUUUGGGAGAGAAUAGCAUUGAAUAUAAAACAGUCAAAUAUCUAAUGGGGAUGGAUGAUAUCCGAAUUUUAAGCAUAUCAAAGAUUGAAAAUCAGUUUCUGAAGAGAAGUUAUGAGUUGAAAAAAGAUCAGAAAAGAACAACUGGUUGGAUAAAUUUUGAGUUGAAUUUAUUUCAUGGUACAAAAAAAAGAUCAGUAAAGGAUAUUUGUAGAGAGAAUUUCAACUGGCGUAUGCAUGGCAAAAGAAGUCGUAAUCGUUGCUAUUAUGGAAAAGGCGUUUAUUUCACACCAGAUGCGACUAUUUCUAGGAAAUAUCCCAGAGGAACAGAAGGUGAAAGGUACAUGCUUUUGAGUAAGGUCUUAAUCGGAAAUAGUGCUGUAGGAAAUCCUUCAGUAGUCAUUCCACCAACUGAUAUAGAUACAACAGUUUCACGUAAUUUAAAAGAAAUCGUUAAAUAUGAAGAUAAUGAAUUUUGUCCGUCCUACAGAAUUGUUUUUAUGAUAGGAAAUCAUCGUAAGGAUGAUAUUGAAAUCGAUGGAAUGGAAAAUAAAGUUGAUACGCAGUCGAUACCUUUCAGAACGUUAACAAGUAUAUCACAGCAAUUAGCAUUUAAUUUCACCAAGGUGCAUAGUAGUUCUACUAAUGAUUUCGGCUUCAAUUAUCCAGCUGAGAUUGAGGAAGAUUACUAUAGUGACUACAGCGAAACUAGUUCAGAUGAAAGCAGUGACGACUCUGAAAGAGAAAUAGAGGGGCAAGCAAGAACAACUGAUGAAAUAUAUUAUGUUCCUUCAGAAUCCUGGUUAGCUUCAUCCAUAGGAGGUAUUUUUCAAAUACUGAAAUCAAUUUGGUACGUAUUAGUUCCACAACUGCUAAUGCAAUCAUCUGAGGAGAGUGAGAGUGAUAGUUCAGAUAGUGAUUAAUCUUGAUGAUAUACCUAUUUAUGUAUUAUUAUUCCAUUCUAUACAUUAUAAUGAACUAUUUUAAGAGCCAUUU